AUGGAUAAAUAUUUGAUCAAAAAAGACAAAUUGCUUGAUGCUUCCGACACUACUACGACUGACACUGGUAUCAAAACCACAGCGGGCAACACAACGGAUGCAGUGCCAAGAUGCUCUGAAAAGACAGGAGUACCAGCAUCACCAAAUAAUUGGUUACCCCCAAGUCCUACAGUCACACCAGAUGAAAGUAUUAUUAGACAGAGAGGUAGAAAAUCAACGACACCUGUAGGACAUACCAGGACUAGCCCUAGAAAGUCACCUCGAAAAAAUCUUACAGUUGAUUUAACACAGACUCAGUUACAAUCAGGAUCAACCCCAGUCGUGAAUGAAAAAGACAGCGAGACGCCUGGUCGAACAUCUAAUACUGCUUUACGUGGUAUCCGCAAAAGACUUGUACUAUCCAGUAAUAAAGACAUAACUGAUGAGGACCUUGAUGAUCCUGACUACCCUGUGACUCUGGCUUCACCACCGAAGAAGAAAAAAGAAAGAAAAUCUACAGCUGGUAUAAGGAAUGAAUUUGAAGAUAAAUUGAAAGCUUUAAGUCAGUCACAGAUAGUUGAUGUAGUAUUAAAACUAGUACAAGAUAAUGAAGAAUUAAAAACAGAAAUUUUACAAGCAUUACCUGCCCCUGAUAUAUCACCACUAAUUAAGAACUUAGAAUAUCUACGUCGAAAUAUACUUAAAGCUUUACCAUGGACUAAAUAUGGUUCUGAUAGAGAUGCUUUCUGCUAUAGAAGAUGUAAAACUCAUGUGGACAGUUUUAAGUCUGCCUGUGUGAGCCAGGGUAAGAAUCUAGCAGCUCAUUCCUGGAAUGCUGCUAUGGAUUAUAUAAGACAAGCAUGGGAUGAAGUGUCAGAGACACCAGAUUGGAUGAAUGAAUCUCACUGUAAAUCAAAACAAGCUUGUUAUAAAUCAUUAGCUGUUCUUGCUAAACAAGCUAUUAAAGGAAGUACAUUAGAAAAAAAUCAAUAUGAAGAUUUCAAAGAAUGGCUACAGGAAGUUAGUGAGUUUCAUCCAGAAGUGAAGCCCUGUAUACCAUUGGUAGAAAAAAGAAUACAAAAAUAACUAUGUACCCAUUCAUUACUCCUGGGCUUUUAUUCUAAAAAUCUUAUCUUUAAUGGCCUUGAAAAUGGUUGAUUUCACAGUCCUGAAAUGAAUUUGGAUUUAAUAAAAUGUGUUUGUCUUCAAAGAUAAAGACCUCGAAAUGCUAUUGGACACCAAGCAAAACCAAAAGCUGCCUUAUUGUUAUAUAAAUCGUUAAUAUGUUAUGAAUUUAGAGUAGUUUUUAUUAGUAUUAGUUUUACUCAGCAUGACUUAACAUUCAGUAUGAAUACUAGUAAGUCUUUUUUUUUAUCCAAAAGUAUACCAGAUUUUCAGAGAGAUUCUAAGAAUAUAUAGUGUAUUUCAAAUAUGUAUUGUUUUAAUUUGUACCAGAAACACUUAACCAUUAUUAUCACUCCAUCAAAUCCAUGUAAUAAAGGUAUUUUGGUCAAGAUUUUCUAGAAUUCUCUGGGAAUGCAUCUUCACAAUGUCAUUUUAUUAUAACUUCAUACUUUGACUGCGAUAGUCACCUUCCUUGGAUCGUGGAAGUUUGUAAAUAAAGAGAUUUGAUUGGAUUGUCCGCAUGUGAAUACAGCUAACCAGAGGCCUUUACAGAAAGUCUGAACACAAAGCCUUUCUGUAAAGGGCUCUGUUUUUCUGUUUUUCUGCAUUCACUACCAUACAAUCUAAUCAAAUCGCUGCCUUAGUACAAGAAUAGUGGCUAUUGCAGUCAAGGUAAAAGUACAAAAUAUGUAAAACCUUGGACUGUUAAAAUGGUAUAUGAAAUAUGAACCAAUAUUUUUGUGUCAUUAAUUGUGAAUUCUGUAUUUUUGUUGAGAAUUCAUUGUUUCUACAUAUUUUGUUAAUAUAUAUAAAAUAAUAUUUUGCUGUGAAAGUGACAUGAUUCAAAAACCUAUCACAUUAAUUUGAUAUCUGACAAAAUUUGUUAUCAUUUACCAGUAUGGUCACUUAAUUGUAUAUACUUGGUAGCCAAGUUUACCUUUACUGCAACUUGUUGACAAUUUCAUAUGAUUAUAGUGGAAUAAAGAUAGUUUUUAUUAUCUUUGCUUAUCUUGGUACUGGUAUUUAAACAUAACCAGUCUAUUUCAAUUUAAGGGUAUAAAAGGUAAAGCAUUUUGAGGGUUUGACUAAAAUCAAUUUAUUUUUCAAAAAUCUUUGGACUUCACCAAAUAAGCCAAAAUAUUUUUGCUUGCCUAUGUUGAACGAUUCCUGUUUAUUCAUAACAUGUGAAAUUGGUCUUGUUCUCUCAAAAAUUAUGUUUACUAUUGAUAGUUAUUUGAAAUAUUAGCUUAGAAUGUUACAUUAGAAUUUAUGACAGUCUGAUUCUUAAAAUGAACAUUACAAAAAAUUAAAAAUUAUUUCAUUUACUAUUGGUUACUUUACUCAUACUAGGAAUAUAUCUAGAAUGACUGAAAUAACCCACAGAGUGUAAAUAAAACACAAUAUUAAGAUGUGUUUAGAUAAUUUCAUGAAUUGUUUUGUUAGUUUUUUCAUUGAAUUGAAUAUUUCUUGUGAUUUGAAAUGUACAGUCUAUUUUCCAUAGAUUGAGAAUUUUGAAAUGUAAUCAAAUUGUCUUUUGAAGAAUAAAAUGUCAACUUUUAUGAAGUAUUAAAUUUGAUAAGUAU